AUGCACUUCUUGCUCUUACAUCACCAUUCCUUCCACCGUCCCCCAUCGCCUCACACAAUAACACAUCGCCGCACAAUGAGGGUAUUGGGUAUAAGAUUACCUCGUGUUAUGUACGGGCUCGUUGCCCUAGUCGUUGUUUUGCUAUUCUUCAACAUCAUCAAAGUCUUCGGCCCAUCGUCUGCAGGCCUGCAGACGAUGGGCUCCUCCAUCGCCGCUCCAGACUUCUUGGGCCUGUUCUCCCAGGCACAGGAGCAGUUCAAGGACACCUCCAGCGGCCCUGGCGACCAGAGCGCCUCCGUCGGUGCCAACGGCGGUCCCGAGUCCCGGGAAGCAGAGGCCUUGAGAGCUGCUCAGAAGGAGAACGCUGCCAAGCUGGACCAGAAGAUGAACGGGGACGUGAAUCCGGAAAACAAGGACCCUGCAAAAAGUGAUGCUGGCGCCGCUCCAGGCCUUGAUGCUCCGGUGGCACAAGGAGAGGACUCCUUGGCCGAGUCGCUGGACAGGGCUGCCAGUGGCGGCAGCCCUGCCUCGUCGGACCCGGACGCCGCUGCUGCAUCGAAUGACAUCGACAGUCUGAACCUGAAGAAGGGUGGGGCCGAAGCUGCGAAGGGCAGUUGCGGCACCGCCCAUCAAUUCGUCAUCAUGAUCGACGCGGGCUCCUCCGGCUCCCGGGUUCACGUCUACGAGUUCGACGUCUGCUCCCAACCACCUGUCUUGGUCCACGAAACGUUCCACAUGUUGAAACCAGGCCUGUCUUCGUUCGAUACCGACACCAAUGGUGCCGCUCAUUCUUUGGAUCCACUACUGGAGAUCGCUGUGAGAGUGGUUCCGGACGAUGUCAAGGCGUGUACUCCUAUCGCCGUCAAGGCCACUGCAGGCUUAAGACUGCUAGGCGACCAGAAGUCUGAUUUGAUCCUGGAUGCUGUUAAAACGCAUUUGACGGGAAGCUAUCCGUUCGCCGUCGUCCAAGGCAACGGUAUUGAGAUUAUGGGCGGCGAUGAUGAGGGUGUAUACGCAUGGGUCACUGCAAACUACUUGCUAGGUAACAUUGGCUCAGGCAACAAAGUAGGCACGAGCGCUAUCUUCGAUUUGGGCGGUGGUUCCACACAGAUCGUAUUCGAACCAUCCUUCGAGCUCGAUGAAGAAAUGGCACCAGGCGAGCAUCAGUACGACUUGACUUUCGAUGAUAACACUUACUCUCUAUACCAAUUCUCUCACUUAGGUUUCGGUCUAAACCAAGCAAGAAACGCUAUAAACAGCUUGCUUGUCGAAGAAGCUAUUCAAAACAGUAAGAUUGUCAGAGGUGACACUUUAUCCCCACACAAAUUGAUCUCUCCAUGUCUACCACAAGGCACUGUCGUUGAGAAUGUCAAGGUCCAGAUGCCAUCUGGUUUCGAAUACACUAUCGAGUUCUCAGGUCCUUCAAAACCAUCGAGUUUACAAUGCAGAUGGUUGGCUGAUCAAAUUUUGAAAAAAGAUGGUGAUUGCGCGCAACCACCAUGUUCCAUCGACGGUGCUCAUCAACCAUCUUUGGUGCAUGCUUUCAAAUCUACUAAUGAUAUCUACGCUUUCUCUUACUUCUUCGACAGAACUCAAAAACUUGGUUUGCCUUCGACUUUCACAUUGAAGCAAUUGAAAGAUUUAUCAAAAUCCGUCUGCAAAGGUCCAAACGAAUGGCAAAAAGCCUUCGCUAACGAACAAAUAGUAGAGGAGUUACGAUCCGACUCGUUGUACUGUCAAGAUCUAACCUACAUGGUAGCUUUACUGCAAACCGGUUACAAUAUCCCAUUACACAGAGAAUUAAAGGCUGUCGAACGAAUCGCCAAUAAUGAAAUCGGCUGGUGUUUGGGUGCAGCUUUGCCAUUAAUCAAGUCUGAUAGCUGGAGUUGUAGAAAUUAA